AUGGCCGUUCACUCCAAAGAUGAGGCUUUAAUGUGUAAGGUCUUCCCAUAUAGCUUGGGCCCAGUAGCGAUAAGAUGGUUCAAUGGUUUAAAGGCGAAUUCUAUUGACUCCAUUACGAAACUCACUCGGGCUUUUGGUGCUCACUUUAUUACUUGUAGCCAGGUCCCUUGGCCUUUGGGAUCCUUAUUAUCCAUGUCCAUGCGGAAGGGUGAGACUCUUAAGGCUUAUUCAGAUAGAUACUGGGAGAUGUUUAACGAAAUAGAGGGAGAUUAUGAUGACGUGGCUAUUAGCACUUUUAAGGCUGGUCUUCCAACCGAGCAUGAUUUGAGGAAAUCUCUAACUGGUAAACCUGUUACCAGUUCAGGAUCUGCCAACACUCAGGUGUUUAACGCUGUAUUUCGAGAGCCAGUGCAACAGGUACUGGAGAAGAUUAAGAAUAAGCCGUUUUUCAAAUGGCCAAAUAAGAUGGCAAGAGAUCCAAUGAGACACAACUAG